AUGGAACACGACAAAGAGGAAGGAGAAAUGAGCGAUGACCAUGAAAUGCUUGUGGACGAUCAACCCCUUGAUAGUCCAACUAAAAGCACUGUGGUUUUUAUCGCAGAUAAAAAUGGACUUAUGGUUCAACAAUUAGAAAAAGUUGAUGCUUGUAGACUUGAGGAAAGAGCCAAAAGAUUUGGUUUAAACUUGACUGGAAAUAGGAUUGUAACACAGAAACAGAUUGACGAACUUUAUAAUAAUUUUGGUAUUGAAGGUGGAAAUGAAAGACAUUUCAGAUUUGAUACACUUCAUUUAAAUGGUGUUAAUGGUUUAACAACAAAGGAUAUAUUUGAGUAUUUGGUAGACUACAAGCCAGUCUCCCUAGAAUGGGUUGAUGAUAAUUCAUGUAAUGUUGUUUGUCAGGACCAUAUAUCUGCUGCACUGGCAUUAUUGGUACAUUCUAGGGAAAUUAAAAGUGAACACAUUAAAGAUAUGCUGCAAAAAAAAUCUUCACAUUACUGGAGAGAAGGUGUUCCACACCCUAACAAAGACUUGAUUUUAAUGAGAUUUGCUACAAAUAGUGAUAAGAAGUCAACAAAAAUUGAACCUGAACAAAAACAUAGACUAAACUCUGACAAGAAUAUAAAUAAUGAUGGAAAGAAUCCCUGGGGUGACUUGUGCAGGUCCUGGGGCAUCUAUGAUCAUCAAGAAGUCUUUCAGAGAAAUUUAUCAAAAACGGACUAUGAGGAAGAACUUGAUGAACCAUUUGAAAAAGUCCCAGUUAAAAACAAGAAGUUAGCCUCACGACUCGGUAAAAGAAAUCAUAGUUUAGAAGUUGCCAGCAGUGAUUCCGAUUCUGAAUGGAAGAAGAAGUCUAAGACACCCAGAAUGAGAAUGCGAGCUGAUGAUGAGGAGACAAAGCAAAGGAUCAACAAUCAAAUGAAACAAAAUGAUUCAGAUGAAGAUGAUUAUGCACCAUUGUCAAUAGAAAUUCUUAAUUCAAGUAGUAAAUUCACUUCUAAACAUUCAAAAAGAAUAUCUGAGAAAUUUAGAAAUUCAGACCAACAUUUCAAGAGCAUGCCUCGGAAUGUACACUCAAGAUUAGGCAUCAAAGUAGUGGAUAAUGAAAGAAGUCAUAGUGAUGAAUCUUCAUCAAACGAAUCAGACUAUAAUGUAACUAGCCGGGUGCAAAAAGUAACAACUGGUUCUAAAAAUACAUCAAAUGUUUGGUCACGAUUGGAGAUUAAAUCCAAGAAUUCAGGACAAAAAGAUUUGAGACAAAUAUUAACAACACGUAAACCUAAGCAUAAAGAUGAUUUAAGAGAUAGACUUGGCAAGUCAAAACAAUGUAAUAUUCGCAUUGAAAUAGACAAUAGUUAA